CGCGAGUUGGUAAAUUACUAUAUUUAUUGAGGCGGGUUUUGUUGCGGCAAGCGUUUACGCAUCAAAGUGAGAUUAUUGAUAAGUGAAGGAAUUGUUUUGUAUUUGUACAUAAAUAUAUAAAAAGUGUUGUGAAUGCUACCUGCAAUUGAUUUGUUUCGAUAUUCUGCACGUUUUAGAGCGAAUCAAACGAAAACUUGUGUUGUGAAAAUUGAUUAUAUUGCUGUGCAAACAAAUGAAUUCAUUAAAAUUUUAAAGUGCAGAUGAAAAACGAAUUGGAUAUGAGACGCGACACAUUUUAAUGGAAUAUUAAUGGAAUUAACGCUAGAGUACUAAAAGCUUCACUGUUGUGCAAGAAUUGGGCUUUAUCUAUGUAAAUACUCCAUAGAACAUUCGUAGGGGAACACAUUUAUUUGAAAGCAUUUUAAAUCUCUGAAAAUGGCUCGAGCGAAUAUACAAAGGAUUAUCUAUGUUGUAAAAGUUUUACAAUACUGGAUAUUGCUGAGCUGUAGUUUUUCACAGUUUGGAGUAAUAGAAUCGAGGAUAGGUGGAGUGUCGCUCCCGUUGGAAAUUGAUAAAUCUUUUUCUAUGGCGUGGGAUCACGUUAUAGACUUAGAUGAUAGUUUUCGCUUAUUAUGGACAAUCACAAAUCAGGAUGCCAUGUUUGAAGUACACGUACGAACACAUGGAUAUGUGGGAUUUGGUUUCUCAGCAAAUGGAAGACCAGAAGGGGCGGACGUUGUUAUUGGAUGGGUGGAUAAUGGGCAGACAUUCUUUCAGGAUCGCUUUGUUUCACCAAAUAGCAAGUCUACAGAACCUCAAGUUGAUCCCUCUCAGGACUAUGUACUUCUUAAGGGGUACGAAAACACAACACAUACAAUCAUACGGUUUCGCCGAAAAUUAGAUACCUGUGACGGUGUUUCUGAUAUUCCAAUCACUAACAAUACUAUGCGUUUAAUGUUUUUAUACGACGAGAACGAUCCUCGGAAUGGCUUAGUUAAUCCUGGUUCUUUGCCCAACAUAAGGAAUGCUUGGCGACAAUCACGGUCAGUAGUUUUAUUGGAACGCCCUGUUCCCUCGCAAAAUUCAGAAAGCACACGAAAAUUGGAAUUCCGUAAUUCUGGCGUCGAGUUGCCAUAUGACGACGAAACAUUAAUAUGGUGUAAAUUUUUCAAACUGGAUAAACUGAAGAAAAAAAAUCAUAUUGUCAAGUACCAACCUAUUUUUGAUUCGUCUUGGAGUGUUCAAUAUUUGCAAUAUAUUACGCUGUAUGAGUGCCAUGGAAGUGGGCCGGAACUUGACGCAUUGGCACAUGAACCUGGACACCAAUGCCAUAAUGUACGUAACUCACAGCUGUUAUGUAAUACAUAUAUAGCUUCUUGGUCUCGUGGAGCUUCGGAUUUCAUCUAUCCACCUGAAGUUGGUUAUCCACUGGACACAAAUAUUGUGCGUUUUGUUAUGAUGGAAACACAUUAUAAUAGCUUGAAUAUUGAUUUUGAGCAAUUCAAAAUAAAUCACAUGUUUGAUAGUUCUGGACUAAUGUUACACAUCACCGAAAAUUUACGAAUGAAUGAUGCUGGACUAAUGCCCAUCGGGAUCGAACCAAAUUGGCAUCAUAUUAUUCCUCCGGGUCAAAAUCGAGUUGUUUCACAAGGUCACUGUAUAGAGCAGUGCACAAACGCUGCAUUUCCAACAGAGGGUAUAAAUAUAUUUGCGACUAUGACGCGAACACAUCAGAUAGGUGUAGAAGUGAAACUACGUCAGAUAAGAAAUACGCAAGAACUGGCUCCCAUCGUUUCUGACAACAAUAUUGACCCGAAUCAUCAAGGAUUCCGACGGUUACCGCAGGUUACGCGCUCUUUUCCCGGCGACAGAUUGAUCGCUGAAUGUGUUUAUGAUACAUCAGCUCGGCGCGCAAUCACUUUAGGCGGACCGUCUAUGAAGGAGGAAAGCUGUGUUGUUUUUAUGAUGUACUAUCCAAGGCAAAAUAAGCUCAUAUCAUGUCAUUCCUCCCCUAGUUUGGCAACUGUCUUACACUCUUUAGGAAUUGAAUAUUUAAAUGCAAACUCUGACCCUGUUGUUAUAUCGUUACCAGCGGAAUUACAAGGAAUGACUCUCGAAGAACGUUUAUUGACAUAUGACUGGGAGAAACAGUUUGAAGCGUUUCAGGAUAUAACACUGAAAGGUGCCUUUAAAGCUGCAUGCCAAAGAGAUAAUCCCAUGCCCAAGGUUUCUAAUAUUUUAACUAGUUGGCCCAUUAAUAUAACCGAUACAUACGAGCCAGCAAAUCUUUGCAGCCAACGACGACACAAUAGCACACAAUAUGAAACACAGAACCCCUACGAUGUUGUACAGGGUGUUUCAAACAACGAUUUACUUGAGGCAUCCGUACGUAACAGCCGAAGCUCUUUUAGCGAGACAUUGGCAUUGAGCAGACAAGAAUCUUCUUCUGCGUCAUCUACAAUGAAAUUGUUUGGUAGCAGUUUUGUUUUGAUAUACCUAGUUUUAACUUUAAUACUAAAUUAAAGACAAAUAGAUGAUAAAAGAAUGACUGUAAUGAUAAAGCAAUAUUUAAAUGACAAUGAAAGGAAUCGCCCUUAAAAUAAUGUUGUACACCUUAACCAAUACUCGUAUUUAAGCAAUAAUGUAUGUAACGUUGAUGUUAGAGUUCGUGAUUAAAGUUGUAAGUCUUUCAUAUUUUAAGAUAUGUAUAAGAACAUUAUAUUAUA